UUGACUGCACGUUACUACGCCUCGCUCUUGUGGAACUGGAAGCUGCAUUCACAAGCCAGAAGAUACAACGUUCCUUCCAACUCGAUACAGUUAUCAUCAAAUUAACAUCUCGUAUAUUACAGAAAAUCAAUGAGCACAUUCAAAAAUCACUGCAUUUGACCGUAAUGCAUAUGGAACCCAAAGAUCUACAAGUCAUUCAGAUGGUUAUUCACCGUUACUAUUCGGAUACUUUCCAACGCAUAGAAAGCCUUAAAACUCCUGAAAACAUCAAAGCUUAUCUGCAAGAGAAAAUCCGUAAUGAAGAGCAAUCUCUUGCCGCUCUGGUUGAGGUUAUCCACAAUUGGUUCCUAUCGAUGCCAAUAUUAUUGGAGCUAUCCAAAUGUGCUGGUUGGGAUUACUUGAUGUUCAGAGAAGCGUGCUUGCUGAACGUGGACACUUUGUACUCGAUCUUGUUAAAUCUGAUGUACGGAAACACGCAAAAAGGAUCAGAACAAAUGCGACUCUCGUUUUAAAUUUCAUUUAAUACAUUUUUUAA